AUGGCCUUCUCUACUCGUAUCCUCUCUAAAUCUCGCCAGCUUUGCGGUAGUCAAGCCAUUCUAAGACAGGAACAUGUCACUCCUGUCCGUUUUUAUGCCAAGGAGGCUGCUCCUCCCACUGCUCUUAAGGGUGAUGAGAUGUUGAAAAAUAUCUUUCUGGAGGUUAAGUCAAAAUUUGAGACGGCAUUGGGAAUAUUUAGGAAGGAGAAGAUCACCAUUGACCCAGAUGACCCAGUGGCUGUCUCUCAGUAUGCAAAGGUUAUGAAGACGGUUAGAGAAAAGGCCAACCUGUUUUCGGAAUCUCAGCGGAUCCAAUACACCAUCCAAACGUGGACUCAGGACAUUCCAGAUGCUCGAACAUAUUUAUUGACACUGAAGGAUAUAAGGAUCAAGAGAGGAGACCUUGGUGCUGAGGCAAUGAUGAUGGAUGCUUUGGAUAAAGUCGAAAAAGAAAUCAAUAAACCUCUUAUGAGAAAUGACGAGAAAUCAAUGGCUCUUCUUACGGCAGAGUUUGAUAAGAUUAAUAAGCAGCUUGGAAUCCGGAAGGAAGAUCUGCCCAAGUAUGAAGAACAAUUGGAGCUAAAAGUUGCCAAGGCUCAAUUGGAGGAGCUGAAGAAGGAUGCUCUAGAAGCAAUGGAAACACAAACUAAGCGGGAGGAAUUCAAGGAUGAGGCAAUGCCUGAUAUAAAGUCAUUGGACAUCCGGAACUUCAUAUGAUUAAUCAAAUUUGCCUUUGGAGGUCAACUUACAAGGUGAGCAAGGACAGUGGAGAAUACCUUUGUCAUUUUUGCUAUAAUAAUAAUAAAAAGCAGCUGCUCAUUUGAAAGUGCAAAACCAUCUCAUCUGAAUGAGUUAAGAGUUAUUUUGUAUCAUUCUACAAGGAGAUUCGGUAGUGGAAAUCUUUUGUUAAUGCACAUGCUAGCUAUU